AUGGCGCGUCAUGCCCGAACUGGCAGGGGCCUCCGUGCUCGCUCGGUUGCCUACACAGCAGCGAUCUUGGUAGGUUUGCUCAACAUUAACUCGGCCUUUGGACAGCUCAAGUUUGCAGCUCUUGGCAACUACGGCUUUGACGUCUUGGGGCAGAAGCAAGUAGCGGAAACCCUUAAGAAAUCCGCUGCCGAUCAACGCAUCAGCUUCAUUGUGAGCCCAGGGAGCAACUUCCCUAACGGUGUUUCUGGAGCCAACGAUACCACGUGGGAACAACAGUUUGAAAACGUUUAUUCUGACGAGCAUGGUGCUCUCAAAAUGCCGUUCCUCACAGUUCUUGGUGCAGAGGACUGGUCAGGUAACUAUACCGCUCUGAGAGACAGAACAAACCUCGUCUACGGCGAUGGAACAGAAAAUGAGACUGCCUCGAACGCCCCAAAGUGGACCCUUCCCAACUGGUGGUAUCAUUAUGCUGUCCAUUUCGCCGCUUCAACCGGAAGUGCAUUCAUAAGCUCUGGGCACAAGGAUAUGAGUGUAGGAUUGGUCUUCAUCGACACAUGGGUGCUUUCGUCUUCCUUCCCUUUCGGAAACGUCACGGAAAAGGCAUGGACUGAGCUAGAAGCUACGCUGGAUAUUGCCCCCAAAGUGUUUGACUACAUUAUUGUAGUAGGAAACAGGCCUGUAUACAGCAGCGGGUCAUCCAAAGGCGACUCAAUGCUGCAGUACUACUUGGAGCCUCUGUUGAAGAAGGCAGGAGUUGACGCUUACAUCUCUGGCUACGACCAUGACAUGGAAGUCAUCGAGGAUGGGGAGAUUGCGCACAUCAACUGUGGCACGGGUUCCGUUGCUGGCAGCAGCUCAUUGGUUGGAGUCUCCGGCUCCAAGUUUUUCAGCGGAGAUCGCGGCUUCUGUCUCUUUGAACUUACCGCCGACGGGCUAGUGACAAAGUUCAUCAAGGGGGAGACCGGCGAAACACUCUUUGAGCAUAAACAGCCCGUUAAGAGCCGCCCAGAGAGAUCCACCAUCGACCAGUUCAACUACCUGAGCGAAAUGCCCGAAGUAACGUAUUAUCCGAUUCCAGCUAUGGGCAAACUACCAGGCAAAGACGUAUUCGUCCGCGUCGUGGGGACCAUCGGUCUCUGCAUCUUGACCUUCUUCGCCACACUGGCUGUUGCCAGCAGCAUCUCCAAGGUGAUGAAAUGA